ACUUCGACUUUUUAGGGAACAAGAACACCAUUUUUUUAUUGAAGACGCCGCCUGUCGGCUUGGAGUGUAAAUCACACGUAAUUACAGUAUUUUAUGGGCUUUUAAUCGGUGAUCGAUUAUGCUCAUAAACGUUUAUUUGAGGAUAUGCUGACUUUCUUAAGAAUAUGCUAACGAUGGAUGGGAAGGAAAGCGCUGGGCUGGAGUGGUCGCUCUUUGUGACGUCAUAGUCGAGCGCCUGUAAAGUGUUUGGCUCGGAGGAGCGGAAGAAGCAGCGAAAACAAAGUCCAACAAAAUUGUCUCACCGCGUGUGAAAAGCUCCGAUAAUCGCAAAGGGGGCGCGGCGUGCGCGCGUGCGUCCGAGUGCCGCCAUGAGCGACAACAAGCGUCUGGCCUUCUCCAUCAUCAGCUUCCUCCACGACCAGCUGAGUUCUGGGAAUUUGUCAUCGGGAGCGCAGGAGAGCCUGGAAGUGGCCGUCCAAUGUCUGGAGACGGCAUUCGAAGUGUCGGCGGACGACCGGAGCCUCGCCGUCCCCCUCACGUUACCCGAGAUCUUCGCCGACGCCACUCGGGAGACUUCGUCGCAGGUGAACAACAACGCCACCGUCAACACCGUCGGCGACGAUGAACGGGCCGAGGCCGAGCGACUCAAGAACGACGGUAACGAUCAAAUGAAAGUGGAAAACUAUGCCGCCGCCGUGGAGUUUUACUCUAAAGCCAUCGCCGUCAACCCGCAGAACGCCGUCUACUACUGCAACAGGGCGGCGGCGCUGAGCAAGCUGGGUAAUUACGCGGGGGCGGUCCAGGACUGCGAGCAGGCCAUCGGCAUCGACCCCAACUACAGCAAAGCUUACGGCAGGAUGGGGUUGGCGUUGGCGAGUCUGAACAAGCACGCGGAGGCGGUGACCUUCUACAAGAAAGCUCUGGAACUGGACCCGGACAAUGACUCGUACAAGUCCAACCUCAAGAUCGCUGAGGACAAGAUGGACGCCGCCAGUCCUACUGCUGGAAUGGGCGGCAUGGACCUCGCCGGACUGCUGAGUAAUCCCAGUUUCAUGAACAUGGCGUCGUCACUGAUGACAAACCCUCAGGUCCAGCAGAUGAUGUCGGGAAUGAUGUCGGGAGCGUACGGCGGUGGCGCCGGAGGCACCGGAGGGGGAGGCGGAGUCCCGGGAGGUCUCCCGGGAGCGGCGUCGGGCAGGGAUUUAUCGGGACUCAUCCAAGCAGGUCAGCAGUUCGCUCAACAGAUGCAGCAGGAAAAUCCAGAACUCAUCGAGCAGCUCAGGAGUCAAAUUCGUAAUCGCUUGCCCAGCGCCGGAAAUGAUGAGCAGCCGUGACGCCCUCCUUUGCACGGACACGGUUGAGCGGGGGUGCCGGGGUCGACUUUUUCUUUGGCUUCGGGACAAUUGUCGUGACCGGAGGGACUGAAAAGGCCGCUCGAUCGGUCACCUGAAAAUUCCCCGCAUGAGAGGAGCCUUCGUGCCGCUGCCGGCCACGCCCACUUAAGGAAGACCCGCCCACUUUGACACCGCCCCUAUUUGAACAAUUAAAAAGAUUUUACGUCUCUGA